UAUAUCCUGUUUCUUUUCCGAGAUUCUGCGGUGGGUGUAUAUAUACCUGGUUCUUUUGCCAGUUGUUUGCCUCUUUUUUUGCCUCUUUUUUCUUUUUUCCUUUUUCCUCUUUCCUUUUUCCUUUUUCCUUUUUUCUCCCUCUCUAUCUCAUUGCAACUUUCUCAAUUAUAACUUGACUUAUAAUUUAUCGAUUCAAGAAUAUUUAUAUCCUUUAAUCUGCUCAAUUUACCUUCUUCUCAUUCAUACUUUUUCAAUUAUUCAAAAUGACUUUAACUUCUCGUCCUCAAGACAUCGGUAUCCUUGGUUUGGAACUCUACUUUCCAUCUGAAUACGUUAACCAAUCUGAUUUGGAAAAAUACGAUGGUGUCUCCUCAGGAAAAUACACAAUUGGUUUAGGCCAAACUAACAUGUCCUACGUUAACGAUCGUGAAGAUAUUUACUCAAUGUCAUUGACUGUCUUAUCAAAUUUAAUCAAAAACUACAACAUCGACGUCAACUCAAUUGGUAGAUUAGAAGUUGGUACCGAAACUUUAUUAGAUAAAUCAAAAUCAAUCAAAUCCGUUUUGAUGCAACUAUUCGGUGAUAAUGGCGACAUUGAAGGCAUUGAUACUAUCAACGCUUGUUAUGGUGGUACCAAUGCUCUAUUCAAUUCCGUCAAUUGGAUAGAAUCUUCCUCCUGGGAUGGCAGAUUAGCUAUUGUAGUCUGUGGUGAUAUAGCAGUCUACUCAAAAGGCGCUGCAAGACCAACCGGUGGUGCAGGUACUGUUGCAAUGUUGAUCGGUCCAAAUGCUCCAAUUGUUUUAGAUAGCGUCCACGGUUCAUAUAUGGAAAACGUUUAUGAUUUCUACAAACCAGAUUUCAACUCUGAAUACCCUUAUGUUCAAGGUCACUUUUCAAUGUCUUGCUACAUCAAAUCUGUUGACAACUGCUACAAAAACUACUCUAGAAAAUUAAUCAAAACUUAUGACCACAACAACAAUUUAUCAACGGAUAUCGUUGGUACUGAUUACUUUGAUUAUAACAUCUUUCAUGCUCCAACUUGUAAAUUGGUCCUAAAAUCAUAUGCAAGAUUACUAUACAACGACUAUAAAGCCAAUCCCAAACUCUUCAAGGAAAAAUACCCAUCAGUCAAUACUUAUGAUUUAGAAUCUUUGGAUACAAUCAGCUAUGAAGAUUCUUUAUUAAGCAAACCAAUUGAGAAAAUCUUCUUAACUUUAUCAAAGGAAUUAAUUAACAAAAAAGUUAAACCCUCACUAAACAUCCCAACCAACACCGGUAACAUGUAUACAGGAUCUGUUUAUUCUGCUUUAUGUUCUGCUUUAUUUUACAUCGGCAAUGAUGCUUUGCAAAACAAGAGAAUUGGUGUCUUCUCCUACGGUUCAGGCUUGGCCUCAACUUUAUACUCAAUUAAAAUUAAAGGUGAUUUGAAAAAAAUUAUAAAAACCUUAAAUCUCCAAGAAAGAUUGGACAAUAGAGUGAAAAAAUCUCCAGAACAAUACACCAGCGCAAUUGAUUUAAGAGAAAAGGCCUAUAAGCAAAAGAACUUUCAACCAAAGGGCUCAAUUGAUAACUUGGUUAAAGGGACUUAUUAUUUGACCAAUAUCGAUGACAUGUUCAUUAGAACCUAUGCUAUCAAAGAUUGAAUCAAUACGCCCAACUUACCAGUAACUAAUUAUCGCUAGCCAAUUAUUUAUUUUGCUUUUUUAUUUUUUAUUUCUUUAUCUUUUUUUCUUUCAAAAUUCAAAAAUUUUAGUCAACAUUCUUCUCAUUCAUUACCUUGUUAUAUGUUAUACUUUCUGUCUCCAUUCUACUCAAUUUUUUCAAUAAUAUUCUAGCAACUACUUAUCUAUAUAAGCUUGCACACUCACAACUCAUAUAUAUAUUCAUAAUCCAUAAAUAUAUUCCUUUUUAUAAAUGUA